AUGAAAUCAGAAAGGGAUAAAAACAAAAAAAAAGAAGAUGCACAUUUGCUCAAGGCAAAGGAAUUGAAGGAAAAAAUCGAAUCUCUCAAAAAUGAUUUAGCUGAAAAAACUAAACUCAUUAAGACGCUAAAGGAGCAAAGAGAAAACAAAAUUGAAAACAUUAAACAACUAGAAGUAAAAAAUAAAGCCAACUACGAACAUUUCCUAACUGAAUAUGAACAAAUCUUAAAUCAGUACAAAAAUAUAGAAAGCGAAAUUUACGAUGUCCUAGCCGAUUUAAAAUUGCUGUCUGAAAGAUCGUAUAACGAAAUAUUAACACUUAGGAAAGAGAAAGACACCAUUCUUAUGAAUAAAAAAUUAAUACUUGAGGAAAAAAAAAAAGAAUUCCAAGAACAAAUGAAAACAGUUGCCUUGGAUAUAACAAAUCAUUCAAACAUGUUAAACGGUGUACUUUUGAAAAUAAAAGAAAUUUUUAAAAAAAACCAUGUCCAAUAUCAGCACGAAGCAGAUUUAAAGCCACUGUUAAUACGAUUGCAAAGUAUUGGCAAAAGAUAA